UCUUCCACAUCUCAGCCUCUUCGCCCUUAAAAAGAACAAAAAGAAGGCAGAGAUUCUGAUAGAUCGCCUACUGCUAUUCAUCGCUAUUACCACCACCCUUCUCUUCAUUCCUCGAUGUCCACUCCAGGCGAAUAUUAUAGACCACUGCAGCUGCUUAUUAUGUCCCCACCCUUCUCACUUCCACCAGUGACGAAGGCCUAUGGAGUUCUGUGUCUUAUGACCACUGCAGCUGCUUAUUUAAACUUAUUUGACGUUCGUUUUAUUCUGUUAUCAUAUGAGCUCCUUCUGAAAAAGUUUCAGAUUUGGAGGCUUAUUACAAAUUUCUUCUUCCUCGGUCCAUUUUCAGUAUAUUUUGGUUUGCGAUUUGUGAUGCUAGCAAGGUAUGGAGUUCUCCCGGAGAAAGGGGCCUUUAAUCAAAGAACUGCUGAUUUUCUAUGGAUGAUGAUCUUUGGAGCACUCUCUCUUUUGGUGUUUGAUUUAAUUCCAACAGUUUAUUUUUGGAGGACAGACUCAGUCCCACAGUAUCAAUAUCCCACAUUAGGACCAUCUCUGGUCUUCCUGAACCUCUACGUCUGGUCCAGCGAGGUGCCAGAUUCAAGAAUCAGCAUAUCUGGUGUAGUCACAAUAAAGGGUAUGUACCUGCCAUGGGCAAUGCUGGCAGUGGACUUGAUAUUUGGUGUUCCUCUAAAACCUGAUAUCAUGGGUAUUUUGGCUGGGCAUCUUUACUAUUUUCUUGCAGUGCUUUACCCUCUUUCUGGAAGAAAGAACAUACUGAAAACUCCUCUAUUUGUCCACAAGUUUGUUGCUCACUGGGGGGAAGGAGCCCAAAUGAACAGCCCGGUGCAGCCCAACCCACACGCAGGGGUUGCAUUUCGUGGAAGAAGCUACAGGCUUAAUCAAUAGAGAAUAAUUAUUGUUAUUGUUAUUUCUUAUUCAGCUGAGUAUUACUGCCCAAGUUUUUUUCUAUUUAGCCGCCCAUUACCUAUCUCAUAUGUAACUUAAAAAUCGUAAGAGUCAAAACUUGUAAGAUGGGCUAUGUCCCCUACAUGACUCUGACAUUCGAUAGUUGGAUUUGGGCCCCAAGGCUAUAAUUCUCCGUGGCCCAUUUUGCUUGAUGGUUAAAUCAUGUAUUAUUAUUAAAGUUA